CCGAAUGAACUGCGGUAGAAAUGAUCAAAUAUCAAAACAAACAGAUUCUAUGAAAUCAAGAAAUCCCGAAAAGGAAAAUAGAAACUCAGAAAAGCAAGCUGUAUCGCCCGCCAAUUUCAAUCCCAAACAAACAAAAUAGCUGAUAAAAAUCCAAAAUACCACUAAACCCAUUCCUCUCUUUCCCUCUUUGAUUAACAAAUCCAGCAAAGUUUCCUCCUUUUUAAACUCCUCCUUAUCCUCGCAGCGGAUAGCUCUUCCUUGAUUUCCUCAACAUUUCCCCUCUUUCCCUUCUUCAACAUCGUCUCUCCCAACAAGUAGUGAUUUUUCUUUCUUUCUUCGUAAUUCAGACUGAAAACUCUCUGGUAGGUAUUGGAAGCAAAUGGGUUCGUCCGAAAAGAAUAUCCUCGUCACUGGCGGUGCUGGGUUCAUUGGUACCCACACUGUGCUUCAGCUCCUCAAGGAGGGUUUCAAGGUUUCAAUCAUUGAUAAUCUUGACAACUCUGUCGUUGAAGCCGUCGAUAGGGUUAAAGAGUUGGCGGGUCCUGAGCUUUCCAAGAAGAUGCAGUUUCACGUGGGUGAUCUGAGAAGCAAGGCAGACUUGGAGAAACUAUUUUCUGGCACCAAAUUUGAUGCUGUGAUCCACUUUGCUGGCCUUAAGGCUGUCGGGGAGAGUGUUGCAAAUCCUCGCCGUUAUUUUGACAAUAAUUUGAUUGGCACAAUCAAUCUCUGCGAGGUCAUGGUAAAAUACAACUGCAAACAGAUGGUGUUUUCAUCAUCAGCAACUGUAUAUGGUCAACCUGAUAAGAUUCCUUGUGUUGAGGAUUUUGAGUUGAAGGCUAUGAAUCCCUAUGGACGGACCAAGCUUUUCCUUGAAGAAAUUUUUCGAGAUAUUCAAAAAGCAGAACCAGAUUGGAGAAUUAUUUUACUGAGGUAUUUCAAUCCUGUUGGGGCUCAUGAGAGUGGUAAACUUGGUGAAGAUCCCAAGGGUAUCCCUAAUAAUCUCAUGCCAUAUAUACAACAAGUAGCAGUUGGCAGGCUGCCUGAACUUAAUGUUUACGGCCAUGAUUAUCCCACAACGGAUGGUAGUGCGAUCCGAGAUUACAUCCAUGUUAUGGACUUGGCUGAUGGUCAUAUUGCUGCCCUUAGAAAGAUUUUUGAGGAUCCAAAUAUAGGUUGCACUGCCUACAACUUGGGGACUGGAUGCGGCACAUCUGUGUUGGAAAUGGUUACGGCAUUUGAGAAGGCUAGUGGCAAGAAAAUCCCAGUUAAACUUUGCCUAAGAAGGCCUGGAGAUGCUACAGCUGUAUAUGCUUCCACAAAGAAGGCUGAGAAAGAACUCGGUUGGAAGGCAAAGUAUGGUGUGGAGGAGAUGUGCAGAGACCAGUGGAAAUGGGCAAGCAACAAUCCAUGGGGAUAUCGGUCAAAGCCUUGAAUGCGAUUGUACUUACUGCAAAAUUUGUAUUGAUUUGUAUCGAUCAAUGAUCAAUAAAAGAAGGAAGAGAUGAAUUAUUUCUACAUUCAUUUUCCUUAACUGUCUUUCAAAGAAAUUUCGCAUUGGAGAAACUAGAAUUUUCGUAUUAUUCAGUUGAAGGGAUAAAUUCUUUUGUCAGCAAGCACAUAUGGUUAAAUGAAGGUUCAUUGUUGCUUGCCCUAUUA